AUGAGAAAGCAAUUCUCAUUCAAGCCCCUAUCAACUCACAACGAUAAUCAAAGUUUAUAAACUAAAUCAGACUCUAUUGGUAGAUUUCGCUCAAUCAUCGCUAUUCGUAAAAUAUAGACCACCUGUUAAUUUCUAAAAAUUAAACAAGAGUUGGCACUUGAAUUUCCUGAAAUUCCAAUACAAUCCAAGAAUCAAAGUUAAAAAGCCAAAAUCUUCUCAACAAAGCCUCAAUUCCAUACUGAUUUCCCUAUCAAAGAAGAUCUUAGUUAAUUUUCAAAAAAGAUUCAAUAGACAAUCAAGACUAGCUUUAAGAAAUGUCGAUACCAGAACAAGACUAAUUAGACAAUUCUUACAAAUGAGCUCCCCACUGUCUUUUAUUUCAACAUAACAAUCACAUAUGAAGAAUAGGAAACAUCUUAUUAACUUAUUCGCCGUUUGGGAAACAUUUAAAAAACCGAAUAGAAUAAUAGCAAAUAAUUCAAAGCCAAAAAUCUCCUCAAAAUUGUAGGGGUCUUCGAAAAAUAUGACACUAGACCCAUUUUCACUUUUAAGAUUAGAAGUUUUUAUAAAAUGUACUUACAAAACUAAAUCGAAUGGAACUAUCAACACUUUUAUGAUCACUACCCAAAAUCCUUGUUUCUGGAUUCCAUUGACAAAAAAAAGAAUAAAUUAAUCUCUCGAUCAAUAUAUUAAUUUAAUACAAAAACAGAAUUAUUUAAAUUACAGUAACAGUUUUGUGGAAUUUUAAGCAUAGAAACAACAAAUAAUUAACAAACAAACUUCAUGAUUGAGAAUGACCAAGAAGAGGAAGAUCAACUUGAUACUAGUGUUAAAAUAAUUUAAUGCAGUAGAAGAAUCAAACUUUUCAAAUCUCCUCUUCAAUGCAUAGUGAAUAGACUUGAUAUUGAGACACAAAAUUAAUUACUGACUGAGUGUGAAGAGCACUCUUUUACAUUCCCAUAAUAACAUUCUUAACACUUUAAUCGGCAUUUGCAAUUCAAAGUACCAGAUUAAAAUUGUAUUGCCUUUAGGUUUUACAAUAAUUAUUAUGAAAUAUUAAAUGGAAUAUUUGAAGAUACUCAUGAAAUAUUAAAUUUGCAAGAUAACAUCACUAUGCUUGAAUUUGAAGAGCCUUAAGAAAAUCAAAAGCCUAAAAUGGUCCAAUCAACAUAACAUCAACAAAUUUAACCAAAAAAAUUGAAUUUUGAGUCUAUAAUGAAAAAAUCAAAACAUCAACCUUCUAUUACUUAGGAAAUAUCUCCAAGGAGUGAUCACUCACAGAUAAGUACAAUGAGAACUCCUAGAGAAGGUUAAUUAUUGCCAGUUCUAAUAAAACCUUAACUUGAAAACAAUAAAAUUAAAUUAAGAACCAGUCCUCCAUCCUAUGAUGACAAUAUUAGCAACUCUAACAAUAAUCAAUAGUAUUCUACACAUCAUUCCAAAACCAUUUCGUAAACAGAUAUGGUCUCCUUAAAUACUCCAAGGUCAUAACGAACUUCUUUAGCCAUAAAUUUGUCUCUUAGAACAUCAAUGACCAAAAAUUCCCUUAAGACGAGAACUUUAGUGGUGGAACAAUUCAAGAAAUCAUAGCAGAAAGCCAAUCAAUUAGCUGGACUAUUGAUUUAAGAGAAUAAAUACAAUGAACUUGUUGAACUAUUUAAUAGCAACCCUAAUCUAAGAAUUGACGAAAGAAUAUCUAAUGGGAAUACCUAUUUGAUGUUGGCUGCCCAAGGAGGCAAUUUAGACAUCUGCGAAUUAAUACUGUCGAAAGGAGCCUCUGUAAAUUUAUAAAAUUUACAAGGAGACACUGCUCUGCAUAAGGCAUUCCAAUAUGGCAAUUUCAGCGUUGCUGAUCUUUUAGUAUCUUAUGGAGCCUAGGUAAUGGUAAAUGACAAAGGGAAGACUCCUUGGUAAAUGUGA